GUGGCAGUUAAAACAUCAAGUUAAAAAAAUAAAUUUCGAGACUUCCGAAUUUAGACUGGUGCAUCAUUAACGCAGUUAAUUAAAAAAGUGUGAUCAAUCGCGAUGGAUAAGCCUAACUCGACGGCCGAUACUGUGAUCAACCUGCUUAAGGCCCGUGCACAAGAAGAUCCGUCUCGAGAGAGCUACGUCUUUAUUGGCAGAAGUCAGGAACGGCUACCCUUAACUAGAGUACAGUUGUGGGACUUGGCGGGGAGAUUCGCUUCUCGUCUUCGUGGAUAUGGCGUCAAGGUGGGGGAUGUGGUGGUCAACUCACUGCCCAACUCACGGAGCCGACUCGUCACAGAUUUUGGGAUCAUCAUGUCAGGGGGUGCAACCCUAACCAAUGAGGCCAUCCUCCAAGACGGUGAGGAUUUUUUCGUGUCAAUCAAGUCUUCAAACUGUCGGUCUUUGGUCUUAGCUUCUGGAGAUCCAACUCUCAAAUUUCUGGGGAAAUACGUGGUUGGGGACUACUCACGUCAAGAACAGGGACAUGAAGCCGUGUACCCCAUCAAGUGUGACCGAGCCCCGUGCCUGCGUCAGGCCAUCGUCCUACGACUGACCAGCCAUGAAGACCACACGGCCUUUCUCGCCAGUCUAGAGGACGAGGACUUCUACGCCGCUCCUGUCACGGCUCAGGACGAGGCGUAUGUCUUUAGAACGUCCGGGUCAACGGGCUUCUCUAAGCUGAUACCCCGCACACACAGAGAAAUUUUGAAUCUUUACAUCGAUGACUUACAAACCAUUAUAAACAAGGAUGACGUCAUCUACUGUGAUCGGGCCCUGGGGUGGGUCGUGGGUUACCCCCACCCUUACCUUUCCCUGGGCGUCACAAUCUACAUGCAGGAGCAGCUGGAGGUCACCAGAGGCGUGACGGAUGUGUGGGAGUACAUGGUGGGGCGGGGCAUGACGGUGGCCAUGAUGCUGCCAGAGGACAUCCUGCUAGUCAAGCAGGGAUAUGAUGACGGCAGAUUUACGCACACAAUGCUGAAAAAUCUGGUCACUUUUGGACAGCCUAUUGGCCAGGUCAUAUUUCACCUAGUUGGCUACAUGACCGAGAAGGUGACCUCUCUCUACGGGUCGACAGAAACAGGCUUUGUGUCGUAUGGAAUUGUGGGCCCACACAACAAGGACAAGGUGAAGGACGGUUAUGCCGGAGACCGUUUGAAGCCAGGGACGGAACUGAAAGUCUUAUCUGAGGUUACAAACAGUCCGGUCACAGAGCCGUGUCAACAGGGCAAGCUGUUUCUGAGGGGUGGAUCAGUAAUGAGACACUACAUGAACAAUGAGAGUUCAACACAGAACGUCUUUACUGAUGAUGGUUGGCUUGAUACUGGAGACAUUGCAUAUCUAGAUGAAGACGGCCAGCUAUACGUCAUCGCUAGGACGUCAGAGUCCAUCAUGUGCGGCACGAUGGUGCUGUACCCCUGCUGGAUCGAGGAGAGGUUCCGCGCAUGCCCCGGGGUCGCUUCCGUCUACGUUGUUGGUAUCCCCAACACCACAGCCGCUGAAGAUGUUUGUAUUUGUGUCGUGCCCAAGAAGGACUCUAGCCUGACCGUGGACGACCUGAAAUCUUACUUCGACGCCAUGUUUGUGGGCGGGGUUGCCAUCUCCGACUUCAACACAGGAAAGUUCUACAUCACAAACAGCUUUCCUGUCAACAGUACAGGCAAGGUGGCCAGAAAAAUUCUCAGGAAAAUGGCCUGUGAACAUUUUGGUAUCAAAAGUGCUUAGAAAUAUUUCUUUCAUAAAAAAAAAACCUAUUUAUGUUGGUUUACUAGAUACAUCUGAAGAUGUGCAUUAAAAAUGUUUAUUCGAAUUUGGUGACUGAUGUUUAUGACUAUUGACGGAGGAAUGUGUAUAAAAUGAUCCAAUUAUAAAUUGUUUUGUAACAUUUCCUUUAGAGAAACGUUUAUCAAUUGUAAAACAAACAGUGUGUUACCACAGAUCAACUACCAUUUAUUUAAAAUUCUUUAGGAUUGGAGGUUUCAGCAGAUUACUAAGUCUUAGUUUUCAAAUUCUCUGAUUCAACGGCUUGUCUCGUUUUGCACUUAAAAAUUCGAGAUGUCAAGACUUACAACGCAAUUUAGGAAUUGGGCUGAUCUAGGAAUAAUCUAUGAUCGUUCAUGUGUCUUUGAAACGGCGAAAGUAUAUUUCUAAUAGGUGUUAACUAACAACACGACACCGUGAAAUGUAGCUUCCGUUAUUUAUUCUUUUAAUUUUC